UCAAUAUUUCGUUUUAUUGUUUCAUUUAAAAUGUCCAGUCUUAAAUUUAGAUGUAAUUUUUAGUUGAAAAGAAUUGUUAACCAGUGUUCUACUCUUUAAGUAAAUUGCUAUGCUAAUUUGAGUCUGGUUGACCGUGUCUUGCGAGGUCGCCAUUGACGAAGCAUGGCUGCUGCCAUGAAGCUGUGCUAUUAUUACGUUUAUUUUCAUUGUGGGAUGACAUAAAAUACGCCAAUCACCACUACUAUCACCACCAUCACCACCAUCACCGCAGUUGUAACGACCUUAUUACUUUAUGAUUAUAGAAAUAAAAUGGUGCAUUGCCGUUCAUUGUUAAACCUUUUGCUGUAUUUAUCAUUGGCGUAUUCGUUAUUCAACAUGGAAGUUGAAACUGGAAACCAGUGCAGUAGAAGUACGUCUGCAUUAUUAAAAGAAGAUAUUGGUAAUGCUAAAGCCAAACUGAACUCAGUGUUUAAAUGUUUGAAGGACAUAACUGAAAAUGCCAGGCUGAUGGUGGCUACUAAUGAGGACAUUGUUGCAGUAAGGAAACAUUAUUGCGACUGGAUGUGUUUGUAUGAAGAUUAUAUGAACACUCAUGAAUACUAUUGUUCUUUUUUGUCUGUAGACGAAAGAGCUACCUAUUAUGAUGAAUAUUAUGAUGAGCGUAAGAUAUACUUCGCUAACUUUAAAUCUUCAAUUCAAGAAUGGUUUAUGAAGGCUGAAGAUGUUACGUCAAGCAAGGGAUCGAGAUCCAAUAAGUCAAAAUCAAGUUGUCAUUCAUCUCGAUACAGUGCCAUAUCGUCUUUAAAGUUUAAAGAGGACCAGAAUAAAGUUGAGUUAGCAGCACAAUUUGAGGCCUUGAAACAACAGAAAGAAAUUGACGCUGCAAAACUGGAUUUGGAGGCUGCAAAACUGGAUUUGGAAUUCCCUGAAAAGGAACUGGCUUUAGUGAUGAAAAUAAAUAUUUCGAAUGGUAAGGCCAAGUUGUUCGAUGAAUAUAAUAAAACUUGUAAUAAAUCUUCUGAAAAUAACAUUGAUGGUCGUAAGUCUUCAAAUGUCAGUGUUAGUGAUAAACAUGUUCCAGUAUGUGAUGAACCCUUAACGUCUGUUAACGCUGAUGCUGAUGAAAAUACUACGGAAAAGCCAAACCUCAGAACUUCGACAUUGCCGCACAAUCAGCAUAUGAGUACCAGACAAGAUUUUCUUCGAGUUAGGAAUUAUAGUACUCCAUCUACUGGUUACAAUGAUGUAAUCAUUCCUGAGCAAGCUUCUAGGUAUAUGCCUAAUGCUACACAUGACCCUCCAGAUGCUUGCAUACCUCAUCAAAAUCAACCCGAAGGGGCCUUGAACACUAUGCUUCGUCAGAUCAGAAAACCUCGCUCCAAUAUAAAGCCAUUUAGUGGAAAUGUACUUGAAUAUCAACGUUUUAUUAGACAAUUCAAUUCAGCUGUUGUGGCGAACUGUGAGUCCAUGGAAGAAAAGUUAAAUUUUCUUGAUCAGUUUACGACUGGAGAUGCGAAUAAAAUUGUCUAAAGUUAUUGUUAUUUGAACCCAGAUCAAGCUUAUCCCUUGGUGUUAGAACAAUUAGAAACUCGUUAUGGUAAUGCAGAAUUAAUAGCUAAUGCCUUUAUAGAAAAAGCACUUAAUUGGCCUAUCAUCAAAUCCGACAACCCAAAGGCCCUUGAUGAAUUUUCUAUGUUUUUGACGGAGUGUCUACAUGCGGUUCAGAGCAUUGAGGCGCUUAACAUUCUAGAAUAUUCAGAAAAUUUAAAGAAGAUUCUUCAGAAGCUACCAUACCAUAUUCACGAUAAGUUUAGAAAUGUUGUACAGUUGACACACGAUCAGGGAAAUAGAGUGCACUUCGAACAGCUAGUUCGUCUUGUAAAUUCGGAGGCAAGGAAAGUCAAUGAUCCCACCUUCGGUAAACAAGCCUUAUCCAUUGACCGUUCUGUAUCUGGUAACCCACCAGUACCACGUAAGCCUUUCAAACCUAGAGGCUCUUUCGCGACUCAACUAACCGAUAAUGGGGUUAAACCUAGUCCUUCGUCAGACCGUAAACCCAUUAAUCCUCCAAAGGAAUUUGAGGCUGCCUUCAGCAAGCCAUGAAUAUUUUGUAAACAUCCUUCACACCCUUUCUGUACUUGUAAACAGUUCUGAACAUUGAGCUUUGAAGAGAAAUCUGACUUUAUGAAAUCUGUAAGACUAUGUUUCAGAUGUCUGAAAUCUGGUCAUAUGUAUAAAUUUUGCAGUGUCAAGACUAAAUGUAGUAAAUGUGACGGUUCACAUCAUUCUAUUAUGCAUACAAACAGUAGUGUAAAUCCUGGUGGUGAAAUGUUCUCAAAUAAGUUAAAACCUGAUGUUAUCAGCGCUCUGAUGGGUAAAGAUAUGGAGGCCGGCACCACAGAUUGCACUAUGGCGAUCAUUCCUGUUCAAGUUAAAAUGCGUGGAUGUUUCCAGUCUUUCAAAACGUAUGCCUUUCUAGACCCAGGCUCUAGUGUUUCUUUCUGCACGCUCAAUGUUAUGAAGUUGCUUGGUUGUUCAGGUAGAAGAACGAAAUUGACUAUAGAUACCAUGGGGUCGUCACACACUAUGGUAUCAUAUCUUAUUAAAGGUAUGCAGCUUGGUGACUUAACCUUAGAAACUGUGAUUGAUUUACCAGACAUUUAUACAAAGGAUAAUAUGCCAGUGUCUCAUGGACACAUACCUACUUCGGAUGAUAUUCGUAAAUGGGCUAAUCUUAAAGGAAUUGACUUGCCCGUUCUUGAUGCAGAAAUUGGUCUUCUGAUAGGCAAUAACGUUCCAGAUGCAUACUCACCACUGGAGAUUAAAACUGGACCCCCAGGAAGCCCCCACAGUGUUAGAUCCGCACUUGGUUGGAUCAUAUGGAACUUGUUCAUAGAUUCGUCUAGAUUGAGGCCUACUGUAAAUAGGGCAGAAAUUCAAGCAGUUCAAGACUUGGAGAAUCUACGUCAAAUGGUACAACAGACUGCUUCUUUAGAUUUCCCCGAAAGAGCAAUCGAUGAUGUCAAAGAGAACUCCCAAGAUGACAACUCCUUUAUUAAGAAACUAAAUAAAACUUUGAAGUUUGAAGAUGGACACUACACGAUUGGUCUGCCCUUUAGAAAAGAUCAAGUUUCAUUACCGAACAACAAAUCACAUGCAGAAUGUCGUCUUAACAGUUUAGUUAAUAAGAUAAAAAGAAAUCCCCUUUAUCAUUAGAAUUAUACUGAGUUUAUGGAUAAGGUCAUAACCAACGGAUAUGCAGAACAAAUACCAGAACAUCAGUUAGAUCGUAAUGAUGGUAAAGUGUGGUACAUCCCACAUCAUGGGGUCUAUCAUGCGAAAAAACCUAUAGCCUGGUCGAGGUACAUAUUUAGUUUGAAAA